UUAUUUCCGGGUUUAUGAAUACAGAGGGCAGAGCGUGAAAAGGUUAGGGUUUGGAUUUAGGGGGGUGUCUCUUCUUUUCGCUCUCCAAUGCCUAGGGAGUGACUAUUCUGGACGCAGAGAGGCCACGGUAGCUCGUGCUGUCCUUCUGCAGGGCCAGGAAGGGGAGCUCAGGUGCCUUUCAGAGCUUGAGACCCAGCGACCCCCGCCCAGGAGGCUUUCUCCUUCACCAUGGCCGAACUGAUCCAAAAGAAGCUGCAGGGAGAGGUAGAGAAAUAUCAACAGCUGCAGAAGGACUUGAGUAAAUCCAUGUCAGGGAGGCAGAAGCUUGAAGCCCAGCUAACGGAAAAUAACAUCGUGAAGGAGGAACUGGCCUUGCUGGAUGGAUCCAACGUGGUCUUUAAGCUUCUGGGACCCGUGCUUGUCAAACAGGAGCUGGGGGAGGCUCGGGCCACAGUGGGAAAGAGGCUAGACUACAUCACAGCGGAAAUUAAGCGCUACGAAUCGCAGCUUCGGGACCUCGAAAGGCAGUCAGAGCAACAGAGGGAAACCCUUGCUCAGUUGCAGCAGGAGUUCCAGCGGGCCCAGAACGCAAAGGCUCCUGGGAAAGCCUGACCCCGUGGGAGGGGGAGGGGGCUGGGGAGGGAGGGAUGAGGCUAACCCUGAGUCAAUAAAAUGUAAACAGAACCAAACCUAC